GCGAGGGGCGCGAGAAUAUGAUCGCGGCUAGUUGAGUUAGCCGCGCUGCUAACAGUGCAGUGUCAGCUGAUGCCCGUCCGCGUCACACUAACACACACACAGCUGGGGUCGCAAACGAUCGCUGGUUAAUCCCUGCUGGGCUUCUGAGUCAUCAAUAAAAUAUAGCCAAAGGUUACCGCACGCGUCGAAGCGUUGCAGGAGUUGAUAGUGGCUAACUGGUAGCAGUUGAGGCUACUAUACCUGACAUGUGUUUUGAGUAUCUUUGUGCACAAUGGAUGUGGUGUCACCUGAGCUCAACAGCCUCCUGCCUGAUGAGAUUAUGGACACGGAAGCUAUCGCAAUGGAAGAGGACCUUCCUGCCGAGCACCUCGCUCCUCCUCCUCAAUCUGAACCGGAGCCAGCGCAGGUUCCUAUGGAAACAGAGGUGCCUGAAAUCGUCAGCCUGUGUCCAGCCACCACGUCCAUGCAGAUGACCUCCACCUCCACUAAUGCUCAGUGUAGCACCAGCACGGGAACUCAACUCCUCCUCGCCUCCUCCGGCCUCAUGGCUGUCGCCACCACAACCCCUGCCAAAACCACCAGUCCUGCACUGACUCAAAGCCUCCCCAAAAUCUCCAGCGUUACUGUCCCAGCUAACCACCAGCUCAUCAUCAAUAAAGUGGCCAGCUCCCCCACUGCGGAUGGCAAGCCUCCAGGCGCUGCUGUGCUCAAGCCAGAGGGCCAGAAGCUCCUGGUUACUGGUCUCAGUAAAACAGGGCAGCCCAUUAUGUUGGCUCUGCCCCACACUUGGAGCAAGCCCGCCACUACCCAGGGCACAGGGGAUGGCAAGGCCCAGCCGACGCAGAUCAAGAUGGUGACGGCCGUAGGGAAGCCUGUGAUCGCUGUGAGCUCAGCCAGUCAGCUGAUGGGCUCCUCCACUACACUGCAGGCCCAGCAGCUGAAGACCCUUCAGAUCACAAAGAAACCACCAGUAUCUACGGCUGGACCAAUGAUAACAAAGCUCAUCAUCACAAAGGCCCUGAACAGUAAAGCCCUGACCAGCCCAGCUUCAGUGUCUCCUGUAGUGACUGGGCGAGUUCUUACCCAGAGUACCCCUGUGACACCUCCACGCACCAUCUCCAUUGGCGAGGCCAUCAGCACUGUGACACAGAAUACGUCUGGUAACAGCAAAGUCGCCAUCUCGCCUCUCAAGUCUCCCAGCAAGGUCUUGAAUCUUUCAAAUUUGACUGUGGUUUCGGUGGCCAGUCAGUCUCCAAACUCACCCCAGAAGUCUGUGACCCUGCCGCUCAAUGUGGCUCUAGGCCAGCAAAUCCUCACGGUUCAACAGUCAGCCACCACUAGUCCAGCUAAAGCAGGAACCAGCCAGUCCACCGCACAGGCUGCAAAGCCAAUGCAGACAGUUACAGUGGGAGGGAUGGGAACAUCCCAGUUUAAGACCAUCAUCCCCCUCACCACACCUCCCAACGUGCAGCAGAUCCAGGUGCCGGGCAGUCGCUUCCAUUACGUGCGGCUGGUAACGGCCACCACCGGCAGCGGCACGGCACAGACGGGCGCCAGCAUCAACACCAACCCCUCCAUCCAACCAGCCAAGUCUGUGAUGAUGAACGCUGCGGUACGGAUGUCUGUACCCAUCGUCUCGGCACAGACCGUCAAACAGGUUGUACCCAAACCCUUGACGUCAGCAGCUCAGGUGGUGACCACCAGUCAGACCCCCCAGCGUCUCAUCAUGCCAGCCACUCAUCUGCCACAGAUCCAGCCCAACCUCACCAACCUGCCGCCGGGCACUGUGCUCACGCCCGCCCACGGCUCUGGAAACAUGGGCUACGCUGUGUUGCCGGCCCCAUACGUUACGCAGAUCCCCCAGCCUGCGUUUGUGACUUUGACCAGCAGCUCCACCUUCUCAACAGCCACUCCCAUACAGACUCAAGCCAGGCUUUCACUCAACGGUUUAUCAACGUCAGAAGCAACCUCAAGGCCGAGGAAACCCUGCAACUGCACACGGUCACAGUGUCUGAAAUUGUAUUGUGAUUGCUUUGCCAAUGGGGAGUUCUGCAAUAACUGUAACUGUGUGAACUGCUUCAACAACCUUGAUCAUGAGAGUGAAAGACUGAAGGCCAUCAAGUCGUGUUUAGACAGAAACCCUGUGGCUUUCAAACCCAAGAUCGGUAAAGGCAAACAAGGAGAGUCGGACAGGAGACACAGCAAAGGCUGCAAUUGUAAGAAAUCUGGCUGUCUGAAAAACUACUGCGAGUGUUAUGAGGCAAAGAUCAUGUGUUCGUCCAUCUGCAAAUGUAUGGGCUGCAAGAACUUUGAGGAGAGUCCUGAGAGGAAGACGCUGAUGCACCUGGCCGACGCUGCAGAGGUGCGGGUCCAGCAGCAAACCGCAGCCAAAACCAAACUGUCCUCACAGAUCUCAGAUCUGCUCACCAGAACCACACCAGCCCUCACCAGUGGAGGCGGGAAGUUGCCGUACACAUUCGUAACAAAGGAAGUGGCGGAGGCGACGUGUGACUGUUUGCUGGAGCAAGCGGAGCAGGCGGAGCUGGCCAACCAGCCUCAGGCCGUGGCCGAGCGCCUCAUCCUGGAGGAGUUCGGGCGCUGCCUCAGGAGAAUCAUCAGUUUUGCUGGCAAAGCCAAGACGGACUGCCCCAUCAACUGCUAGACCCGGGCCUGGCAAAGCCAUGACUGAGAGCCCUUCAUCCCGCCCGCUUGGGUCCCACGGCCCGGUGCGCUGCCCAACCCAGAGUGGCGGUCCACUGAGGGCACUUCUGCCCGCCCCUCAAAUGGACUCACGGGGCUUCUAAUAAAGAGAGACCAAGCAGAACUUCCCAUUGGCCUCUGACAGAACAGAUGUAAUGUGUGUCCGUCGAGCCGGAGGACACACUAUAUUCAGUAGGAGGACUACAGUACUCGAGUGUAGCCCCUGCAAGAGGACUUGCACUGUUUGCUUUCCUGGAAGGGGAUUUGUUUUAGAACAAUCGAUACAAUUUUAAGGUAGUUUUGUUUUUGUUUGGCAACGUUUUCCACUUUUAAAUGUGUAAUCAUGCUAUUUGUUUGUCUUUUAAAACUGGAUUUUCAUAUAACCAUU